AACAGAAAGAUUCACAUGGCAAACAUUUCAUGCCCUAAUAAUUACAGGGCACAUGUAGCAGCAGUUCCUUUAUAUAAAGUUUUCCCUCCCCAGCAAAGUAAAGCAGUAGUCUGCCUUUCUAGGUUUCCUUUAAAAAUGGAUCUCAAUAUGAGUGUUUCAGCAAUAGGACUCACAAUCUUUUUGUUUACUGUUCUGCUGUCGUUUCUAUUAGGAUGGGCGAGAAAAAACAAUGGGAGAUUAUCUUUGCCAGGACCAUUUGCGCUGCCCAUCAUAGGAAACCUCCAUCAGCUGGGAGCUCUUCCUCACCGCGGUCUGCAGAGGCUGGCUGAGAAACAUGGGCCAAUCAUGUUGGUGAAGAUGGGUUCUGUUCCCGUUGUGGUUGCGUCUUCUUCUCAGGCGGCCAAGCAGUUUCUGAAAACCCAUGACUUGAAUUUUGCCAGCAGGCCGGCUACUGUCGCUGGAAAAUACUUGUUUUACAAUCGCAAGGACCUCGUGUUUGCCCCCUACGGAGCUUAUUGGCGAAAUAUAAGAAAGAUUUGCAUGAUGGAGCUCCUGAGUGCCCAGAGAGUCGAGUCCUUCAAAGGUGUGCGGGACGAAGAGGCGUUUGCGAUGGUCCGAUCGAUCUGGGAGAAGAGUGAGCAGGGCAGAAAGGGCGUAGAUGUCAGCCACAGCGUUGCCUGCUAUACCUCCGACUUGAUGUGGCGGAUAUUGACGGGGAGAACAAAUGCCGACCGCCUCUCUGGCGGCACAACGUUUGAGGAACUGGUUUGGGAGGGUAAUGAGUUGAUGGGUGCUGUCAAUAUUGGCGAUUUCAUUCCUUGUUUGGAGCUGCUGGACUUGCAGGGGCUGAGACGACGCACGGAGAAUGUCCACCAGCGGUUGGACGCCGUCUUUGACAAAAUAAUAGAUGAACAUGUGAAGCGCAAGGGGAGGCGCGGCGUGAAGGAGGAAGAUGAGCGACAGAAGGAUCUGGUUGACGUGCUUGUGGACAUGGAAAUCACAGUAGAAGAAAAGAAGGCUAUCCUUAUGGAUAUGUUUCUUGCGGCAAUUGAGUCAUCUGCAUCUACAGUGGAAUGGGCAAUGAGUGAGCUAUUGAGAAACUUACAUGUGAUGAAAAAAUUGCAAGAAGAAAUUGAUUUUAUAUUAAAAAAAGAUGAGAAACUAACAUCUUCUCAUAUUGUAAGCAUGGAAUACUUGCAUUGUGUGGUGAAAGAGACAUUGAGAUUAUAUCCAAUAGGUCCUUUGCUCAUUCCUCAUGAGUCUACUAAAGAUAGUAUUGUGGAAGGACCUCAUCAUGACUAUUUCAUACCAGCAAAAACAAGGCUUAUUAUUAAUGCUUGGGCAAUAGGAAGGGAUCCAAAAGUAUGGAAAGAUCCCUUGGAAUUUAGACCUGAGAGAUUUAUGGGUAAAAAUUCUGAUAUGAUAAUAGAUCCAGAAUUAAGCAUGAUUCCUUUUGGGGCAGGAAGGAGAAGUUGCCCCGGUGCUUCCAUGGCCAUUGCCAAUAUGAAGAUUGCAUUACUAUAUCUCGUUCACUACUUCAAUUGGAAAUGUGAAGGGGAGUUAGACAUGGAAGAAUCUUUUGGAAUCACCAUUCCCAGAAAAGUGCAUCUAUUUGCUAUUCCAACUUGGAGGUUAAAGUGAAUGAACAAUUCUACCUUAAAAUUUAGUCACUAUACAAAAUGUUCAUUACCUUUUCACUCAAAUUAUGUAAAACUUAAUUCUUAUAAAUAAAUAUUCUUCUCAUUAUGAGAUGAAUACAAAAUGUAUAUAUAUUACAAUAAGUUUGAUUUCAAUAUUUCCAGUAUUUUAAUUCUUCA